UCAGUCAUAGCAAACACUUUGUUCCAUGUUUUAGGGUAACACACUAAACACAACACAAACACUUAAAUUAGGAAGAAGUAGCGUGGCAAUUUGGCAGGAUGUUUUCAGGACUCAUUCCCAUGAUGCAGCAUACGCGGAGGGCCACGGCUCCACCAAGUGGGGAUUUUGGUAACAGCAGUGGUGUCUUCGAGCCCCAAAGUGGAUCGAUUGAGUCAUCUAAGUGCAGAAUGCAAAUACUUUCGCGAACCGGAAUGCUGGUUCUGGACUACAAGCAAUACAAAGCAGCCCGAACUAUCCAACAAAACUGGCGAAGAUUCUACUACCGAAAUUACUUCAAGCAUUUAAGAAGGGCGGCCAUCACGAUUCAGCGCUGGUGGCGCGGAUUCUCGGUCAGAAACAACCACACCAGGCUUGUGGAGAACUUGCUGCAGAAGCGGGUCGAGGAGCACCACCGCCGGGCCGCCACCAAGAUCCAGGCCCUGUUCCGAGGAUGGGUGAGCCGGCUCACAAUUCAUGACCACAGCAAGUUGCUCAGGAAGCAGGUGUGCGCCGCCGAGGAUCUGCUCAACUGCGUGGCCUUCAAGUUGCAUCACCUGCUCCGCACCUUCGCGAUUCCAGGUGUAUACUCGCUGAAGAACUCAAACUGCAUGUCGCGAAUAGAGAAGCUGCUGGCCAGCUUACACUUCCGGUUUCACAACGGAAGGGUUAAGUCGCAACUGGCCAAAACUGUGGCCGCUCGCAGCAGGGACAAGGAAGCAUUCAAGAAGAGCAGCAAGUACAGCAAAGUGCCUUUCGAAGGAGCGCGAUAUUGGAGCCAAUGCAAGCCCAAGUGCGAUGCCGCCUUGAAAAUGUGCAAGAAUAUUGACAGGCGCAUGUACAGGAUCAUCGAGAUAUACGAUGCCUCGCAGAGGGAGGCCCAAGCGGCGUUGGUCGAAAAGAAUAGGGCCUACAGGAAGCAAAAGGGGCUCAUGAAGAACAUCAAGAAGGCGGCCGAGAAGAGUAAACGCGACUUCUGCGGCGAUGUCAUUGCCAGUAUGAGACGCUGGAAAAUCCUGGUGGACAACGAGCUGAGUGUGGGCAAGAACAUAUUUAGAAACCCGGAGAAUCUGGAGAGGUUCAUCGCCGAAAUAUCGGAGUACGCAAAUGAGUUUGAGAACUGCACCUGCUAUUGCCGCAUUCCCGUAUUUACAGAAAUCUAUUGCGGCUAAGUGUAAUUAAAACCAG